UCCCUCUCAACAACCAACCCCACCCCCCCGGCCGCGGUCUCUCUCUCUCUCUCUCUCUCUGUCGCUCUCUGGGUCUCUGCUGAUAUUGGUAAGUUCCCACUCAAAGCUCAGUCAGAACCCACUUAGUCCGUCCGGAACCCACCUGAUCGAUUGAGGGCCUUGCUGAAGUCAAGAAACGAGGUCUGUUGUUGCUCGUCGAUUUUUAGCUGCGACGCUUUUCAUAUUGGUUCUCUGUGUCUGUCAAUCGGAAAGUUUCUCUCUGUGUCUGCUGCGAGAGGCUCAGAACCAAUCUCAUGGGAAUCAAAAGUUUCCUCUUUGAUACUGUCUGUUUGGCUCAGAAUCGCAAAUGUUUUAGUGGGCAAUAGCUUUGUAGCUUCCUUGCUGGAUUAGCCAAACCCCUUUUCGUUCCUUUUGCGGGAAACGUUAUGGGCUCGUCGGAAGCUAUCGCAGCAGUCGCCUGUUUCUGGCUUCUCGUCGCGGCCGGAAUUUGUGCUGCGGCCACCCCUUACAUCGGGCAGAUUCCUCCGGGGUUCGAGGCCUCUCAGAUGGAGUGGGUCGAUCACAACGGCCGGUUCUUGCUUUCGAACAACUCGGCCUUCGCCCUGAGCUUCUACACCGCGGUUGAUGUCAAGACUUUCGUGCUCGUGGUGAUCCACGUCAACAGCUCCAAAGUCGUCUGGACUGCUAACAGGGGCAAACUGAUCUCAGACUCCGAUAAGUUCGUUUUCGGCAAUGAUGGGAACGUCCACUUGCAGACAGAGAGCGGACUUGCUUGGUCCACAGACACGGCGGGGAAGAAAGCCAAGGCCAUGGUCUUGCAAAAUUCGGGGAACUUGGCUUUGAUUGGAGAUGACAGUGAGGGAAUUCUGUGGCAGAGCUUUAGCCAUCCGACUGAUACCCUCUUACCCGGGCAGGAGUUUACUGAAGGAAUGAUGCUGAAGAGCUUCCCGAAUCCCAAUGACCUGUCCGUAUAUCUUGAGAUUAAAUCAGGGGAUUUGGUUCUCUAUGGUGGAUACAAGACCCCGCAGAUCUAUUGGUCAAUCAGGAAUGAUUCCCGCAGGACAAAUGCGAGCGUCUCAGGGAAGGUUCACUCUGUUUCCUUGUUAUCUAAUUCGUGGAACUUUUAUGAUCAAAACAAGGCCUUUCUUUGGCAGUUCAUUUUUUCCGAAAGCUCAAACCCAGAUGAUUUCUGGGCCGCGAUUUUGGGCUCCGAUGGGUCGAUAACAUUCAAUAAUCUUCGUCGGGGAAAGCUGGUAACUGCUGAGUCCACCAAGAUCCCACAAAACUCGUGCAGUGUUCCCGAGUAUUGUGAACCUUACAACAUCUGCUAUUUCGAUAACCGGUGUCAGUGUCCUCCACCUUUGAGCUCUCGAUUCAGAUGUAAGCCCCAGACUUUAUCAGCAUGCAGUGAGUCCGACAAAGUGGAUCUUUUCUAUGUUGGAGAGAAGCUUGAUUAUUUUGCAAUCCCGUAUGUUGCUCCUGUUUUGAAGACCAAUCUGGAUGUCUGUAAGGAAGCUUGCCGUGGCAACUGCUCUUGCAAUAUUCUGUUCUUUGAUAACAGUACGGGAAAGUGUUUUAUGUUUGAGGAUAUUGGCAAUUAUCUAAGGUCCGAUCCAGGAACCAACGGUUAUGUGUCGUACAUGAAGAUUUCGAUCAAAGGAGGUGGGAGUAGGAAGAAGGAGGCCUUAUUGAUUGUGCUCCUUACUUUUGCAACAAUUGCAGGCAUAGCUAUCCUGGUUUAUAUUGGAUUCUGGUACCGCCGCAAACAGCAGAAAUUAGAGGAUUACUCUCCGGAAAACUUGGAAGACGACAAUUUCUUGGACAGUCUCUCAGGUAUGCCUGUUCGUUUCAGCUACAGUGAUCUCUCCCAGGCCACAAGGAAUUUCUCGACAAAGGUUGGGCAAGGAGGGUUUGGGUCAGUCUACCAAGGCGUCCUACCUGAUGGAACUCGUUUGGCUGUCAAAAAGCUGGAGGGAAUCGGCCAAGGGAAGAAAGAAUUCAGAGCUGAAGUUAGCACCAUCGGGAGUACUCAUCAUGUGCAUUUGGUGAAGCUGAAGGGCUUCUGCGCCGAGAGGGCCCACAGGCUUCUUGUCUAUGAGUUCAUGUCAAAUGGAUCUUUGGAUAGGUGGAUCUUCAAGAACAACGAACAGGGUGCUCCCUUGGAUUGGGACACAAGGUACGGUAUUGCGUUAGGCACAGCAAAGGGGCUUGCGUAUCUCCAUGAAGAGUGUGAGGGGAAGAUUGUGCAUUGCGAUAUAAAACCUGAGAAUGUCCUUCUCGACGAUAAUUUUGUGGCAAAAGUCUCUGACUUUGGCCUUGCAAAGUUAAUGAGCCGGGAAGAGAGCCUCGUGUACACGACCCUAAGAGGGACGAGGGGCUACCUGGCCCCAGAAUGGAUCACGAACAACCCCAUAUCAGAAAAGAGUGAUGUUUACAGCUAUGGCAUGGUGCUUCUCGAGAUCAUCGGAGGGAGGAAGAACUACGAUCCCAAGGAAAGCCCAGAAAAGGCCCAUUUCCCUUCAUAUGCCUUCAAGAUGUUGGAAGAAGGGAAAGCAACGGAAAUAGUAGACCCAAGGAUGGAAGUUGCUGAGAGCGAUGAGAGAGUCAUCGCUUCAAUAAAGGUUGCAUUGUGGUGCAUACAGGACGAGAUGUAUCUGAGGCCGCCAAUGACUAGAGUGGUUCAGAUGCUUGAAGGGCUCUGUGAUGUGCCUCAGCCUCCGGUGUCUGCCCAUCUGGGAUCUCAGACAAACUCCAUCAAGUGGAGCAGCAGAACUUCAAGCUCGUUAAUAGAUUGGAGCAGCACUGCUCUCUUGUCUGGAGUCCGUCUCUCGGGGCCUAGGUAAUAAAAUGUACAGCUUCGUUACAAGUUAUGAGCCGAGAGAAGAUCGAUUUGUUCUUGAACAUGUACAAACCUGGAGAAAAGAAUGUCUAUGUACUUUAAGACUGACUCAAUGUCAUUCCUCUGUCGUGGUUUCGGAAUCCUGGGUUUUCGCUUGUCUUUGUGUGGAGGAGUACCAUAUUCUUCUGAUGGCAUGAUUCCUUUGAUUGAAUUUUGUUUUGUUUUUUGACAGGACACUUGAGGUUCUUCAAUAGUACACUGUAGAACUGUUUUGUUUCCAUGAAGUGUAUUUUGUUUUGUGAAUGGAAAUAUUCUUAUGUAAAUCUUCGAUUCGAUUGAUCCCCUAAAUAGAUGUUUACGGGAUCCAAGUUACUGUUUUACUGUAGAUUU